AUGAAAUCGCAGAUAAUUCCUCUCGAUGCCCCGAGCGACUUUGUGGGAACAUUUCUGCUUGAUGGCCUGCAUCCAGGCACGCAAUACACCUACACCACCAACGUCAGCCACUCAGGGACUUUCAAAACCGCGGAAGCAUCACCAAAGCAUUGGAGUCUCAUCUCAACCAGCUGCAUCAAGCCAUUUAAUCCAUACAAUCCUCUGAGCCAUGGUCUGCAGAUCAGGGGCUUAGAGCAUCUUGAUCAGUACCUCUUGGCAAACCCGGUCGAUAUGAUGCUUUUUCUCGGUGACUUUAUCUACAUCGACCUGCCGGUAGCUCUUGGUUGGACGCCGAAGCAUUACACCAAUGCAUACCGGCAAGUAUACGCCUCACCAAGAUGGUCGCCUGCACUGCGACACAUUUCAUUUUUCGUCCUGGACACGCGACGCUAUCGGUCUUCCGAGUCCUUGGAAGACGGCCCCAAAAAGACUAUGCUUGGCAGCGCCCAGCUUGCCAACCUACAAAAGUGGCUUGAGACUGAGAAGUCUUGGAAGGUAGUCGUGAGCAGUGUGCCCUUUACACGGAAUUGGAGGGGUCCAGAUGCGGCCGACAGCUGGUCUGGAUACCUGUGGAAGCGAGACAUUGUCUUGGACAUGAUGAGACAGACGGACGGAGUUAUUAUUCUUAGCGGGGACCGCCAUGAACAUGCUACAACAGUCUUUCCGCCGCCCAAUGACAAGGGUGGAAAGUCGAUCAUCGAAUUUUCCACAUCUCCCUUGAAUCAGUUCUUUGAGCCAUUCGAUAGGUUUCACCGGCAGAUCGAGGAAACAGACGUGUCUGUCUAUUCUCAUCCAUGGGGGCAUUCGAAGUUUGGAAAGAGCUCGUUCGAUACUGCAACGCCCAAUCAUUUGAGGGUGGAAUACGAUCUCAUUGUUGAUGGCAACAAGGUCUGGAAUUACCUGUGGGAUUACGAGAGGUAGCAUAAUCCGCUUGCUAGUAGCGAGGAACCGAACAAUACAUCAGUCUGAUUGGAGUGCUUCGCGCUGGGCAAACAUCCACAUGAAGCGAAAUGGCAUUCAACUUGAACAAGUGUUGGAAGUUUUCCAAGUUUUACGUUGAUGUGCCAAAUCACUAGCUUGUUUGCCACGUGAACCAUGGUCUGUUCAGACUCUCGGGUCUUCCACUAUGCCCGCCCUCUUUUUCCAUUUCCUGAGUAAAUUGAAACCAGAUCCAAACACGCCAUACUGCCAUCUCCACCCCCCCCAGAACUCCUUAUCGCUAUUCCCUAGUUUGCAUGUCUCAAGACAUG